GGGAGUCAAUCGGCGCCCAGCACGGCAACCAAUAUUGGACCGAUUAUAGUCUAUUGGCAAUUUCUCACUGGGAAACAGCAUUGUAUACCUAUAUAUUAUAUAAAUUGAUUAAGUUACAAUAGUUAAUCACUAUUUUAAUAAUAUUUAUCAAGUCUAGGUCCAAAUCUUGAUGUCUUGAAGAAUUACGAUCAUCCAGGCUCCACUCUUCAGUGUUUUACCUCGAAGGAACAGGAAUCUUUAAUUGGAAGCCACGAUGCUACUACUGAUGUGACGAGUACUAAACUAAUUAUUUCAAAAAUGAAGAAAUUAAAGAGAUUGCACGAGGAGAAUAUUGAUGAACGACAUAAAAAAAAUAAAAAAAUUUGAAAGAAUUGGAACUGUAAUGAGAGCCAGAAAAAUAUGUCUCGGAUCCAUCGUUAAAUCUAAUGAAAUAAAAGACAGAAUUUUGGAAGACGCAAAUAACAAUUUCUAGAAUGAGGUAUGAAGCCUGUUUAAUCGCUAUAUUUGGUCUGUACCACCCAACAAAUAAAUAUUUGUUGCCAAAAUGGUGUAAGGAGGCCCUAAAUUACUAUAAAAUACUAAAGGUACAGUCCCAUGGUAGCGUGAAAACGGGAAACGGAAAAACGUAAAAAUGAAAGUUACUAGAAUUUAGUAUUUUUUGCCUUAUGUAGUUCUCCCGUCUACAUCUUAUAUUGUCAUAGUUAAAUGUCUACCCGGAUCCCGCCUAUAAAUAGUUGGAGGUGCUUUUUGUUUAAUAAACAAUAAUUAUAAAAAUUAAAAUAAAAUGGACGAAUUUAAAGAAAGUAGUCUACUGAAAGUCGAUUUUUUUGACGCAAUAAAGGAGGUUCCCCCCUUAAGCAAUGACGGAAUUGUUUAAAUGAAUAUGUUGACAAAGAAGGAGCAAAAAUUCAACAAAGAAGUAAACUUUCUAAAUAAAAUGAAACAAUUUCCAGCCCUUUUCGACUCAAAGGAGAGAUUAAAAUAUCCUGUUUCUAAAGGAACGGAAAUGUGGGUUUCUUUCGCCAAUUUAUUCGAAGAGCAUAAUGCAGAAUCGGCUAAAAAGGAGUGGAGAAACAUUCGAGACCAAUACCACAAAUUUCAAGAUCCAAGAGCAUUUCGCCAUUUUGAAGCAAUGCAAUAUUUCGAUAACUAUUCAUCAUUAAACAAUGAACCUAUUCAAGAGAGAGAGGAGAACGGCAAUGACUUUCAUUGCGACCAAAAUUUGGAAACCCUCGACAAUUUUAAUGACAAUGGUUUACAAAACGAUGAAUCUAAUAUUGGCGAUGAAACGGUCAAUCAUCAAGCACCACAAAAGCGAGGAGCCAAAAGGAAAUUAAAUAAAGGUACAUCUGGAAAUUCAAAAAUUUCGAAAUGUGGUUAUUGUGGCGAAAUUUUUUAAAAUUUCGAAG